AUGUUCUUCAUCAUCUUAUCUGAAGACUAUGUUAGUUCUGGAAUGUGCCUCGAGGAACUCACAAAAAUCAUGAAGUUUCGCAGCAUGCCAUAUGAUCAUGUAGUUUUUCCCAUAUUCUGUGACGUGGGUCUGUCUAAAGUUUGUAAUCAAGAAUCUAGUUUCAAAGAAGCAUUUCAAGGUCUCUUUCAAAAAGUUUCAUCCACUGAAGAGCAAGUUUCACGGUGGCAGAGAGCUCACUGUGAAUUUAGAAGGUACGUUGCUAGCAUUGAUGCGCUUGCUCACUUCAACCUCAAGUCCGCUGGGAUUGAUGUUUCUGCUCACCUCAAGUCUGGCUCUCUACAUGAUAAGGAUAUUGAGCCUAUUGUCGGUCUUGUUGAUCAUUUAUUAUUUGAUGAUAAGAUGUUCCCUGUUGGAGUGGAUUCUCGUGCUCAGGAUGUGAUUACAAUGCUUCAUAACCAUAAAACAAAAGAUGUUGUCUCCAUAGGGAUAUGGGGAAUGGCGGGUAUAGGCAAAACAACUAUUGCCAAAGCUAUCUUUAACCACAUUCAGUAUGAAUUCGAGGGCACAUGUUUUCUUCCAAAUGUCAGGAAGCAAUGGGGGAGAAAACUCGACCUUGUUUCAGCAAUAUGUAAAGCAACUGAAUCAGGAAGCCUCGACUUGAAUGAAAGACCUUGCCGUAAGAAGGUACUUGUUGUGCUUGACGAUGUGGAUAAGCUGGAGCAACUGAAUACUUUAUGUGAAAGUCGUGAGCAAUUUGGUGAAGGGAGUACAAUUAUCAUUACAACUAGAGAUUCACGUCUAUUUAAUGACUUUAAAGUGGAUGACACAUAUCGCAUGAAACUUUUGAGUAACGAAGAGUCUCUUGAACUUCUCAGUUGGCACGCAUUUCAACAAGCAUCCCCUAAAGAAGACUUCAUCAAUGUUUGCGAAGAAGUGGUUGCUUUUGUUGAGGGACUACCACUGGCUCUUGAAGUCAUUGUCUAUGCUUCACUGUACGGGAAGCAACCGAAUGAAUGGAAAUCCAUAUUGUGGAAGAUGAAUAGAGAUCUACCUAAUGGCAUAGACGAGGAACUAAGCCAUAGCAUUGACUACUCCUUGAAUGGUGAAGAGAGAGAAAUAUUUCUUAAUAUAGUUUUAUUUUACAUUGGAGAGCCCAUGCAUGAUGUGGUGCGUAAGUUGGAUGGCCGUGGAUGUAAAGCUAGCAUCGGAAUAAUAGCCCUGGUGGAUCAAAGCCUUGUAACCAUUGACGACGACAACAAACUUAGAAUGCAUAAUCUGUUGCAGCUCAUAGGAAGACAAAUAAUAUAUGAAACUCCACAAUUCGAGCUUGGCAAUGAAGCUUACAGGUAUGAUGUGUUCUUGAGUUUUAGAGGUGAAGACACUCGAACAAAUUUUACUUCACAUCUCUAUGCGGCUCUAUGUAAUGCUGGUGUUUAUGUUUUCAAAGAUGAUGUUGAGCUUUCUGAAGGAAAGUAUAUAAAAACAGAACUUUUGCAAGCAAUUGGAAGUUCAAAAAUUGCAAUCAUCAUCUUCUCUGAGAAAUAUGCUGGAUCUAAAUGGUGUUUGGAGGAAUUGUCAAUGAUCAUGGAGCUUCAUAAAACAAAUAAAAGGGCGGUUCUACCUGUGUUUUACCAUGUUAGUCCAAAACAAAUUCGUCGUCAACCUUCCAAUUUUGGUGGAGCAUUUAACGAUCUUGAACAAAAGAAUUCACCAUCAGAAUAUCAAGUUUCGGAGUGGAGGGAAGCCCUUUUUAGAGCUGGGUCUCUUAAAGGGACCGUCUUACAUUGUUCCAGGGACGAAAGUGAAUAUGUUAAAGAUGUUGUUCGGCAAGUUUGUGAUAUAUUGCACAAGAAAGACUUGUUUGUCACUGAACACCCAGUAGGAGUGGAUAAUCGCGUGGAAGAAGUGAUCACAAUGUUGAAAAACCAUCCGUCUGAAGAUGUUGUUAUGGUGGGGAUAUGGGGAAUGGGUGGUGUAGGCAAAACAACUAUUGCCAAAGCCAUUUAUAAUCAAAUGGGUCCCACUUUUGAGAGUAGAAGUUGCCUUUUAAACAUAAGAGAAGCAUGGGGUCAAGAAAAGGGGAAAGUGCGCUUACAGAACCAACUUCUUUCAGAAAUAUGCAAGACAACACAAAUGAAGAUAAAAAACAUUGAAUCAGGAAAAAUCACAUUGGGAGAUAGACUUCGCCAUAUAAAGGCACUGGUUGUACUUGAUGAUGUGGAUGAGUCAGAUCAGUUGAGUGCUUUAGUUGGAAGUCAUGAUUGGUUUGCUCAAGGAAGUAGAAUAAUAAUUACAACUAGAAAUAGACAUCUACUUAAAAAGGGCUAUGUUGUUUAUGUAAUGAAGAAUUUGGGUGAUGGGGAAUCUAAUGAGCUUUUUAGUUGGCAUGCAUUCAAAGAAAAAAGUCCUCAAAAAGGUUUCAUUGAAGUUUCAGAAAAAAUAGUUGCAUACUGUGGGGGACUUCCAUUAGCUCUCACAGUCCUUGGCUCUUAUUUACUGAAAAUUGAUGACUUGGAGGAAUGGAAGAAAGUACUGAAGAAACUUAAAGAAAUUCCAAAUGACAAGGUACAAGAGAAGUUAAAAAUAAGCUUUGACAAUUUAAAUGGCCUGGAGAAAGAUAUAUUCCUUGAUAUAUGUUGCUUCUUUAUUGGGAUGGACAAAAAUGAAGUGACACAAAUAUUAGAUGGUUGUCAACUUUUUGGUGACAGUGGAAUCAAUACCCUUGCGGAGCGAGGCCUUUUAACUAUUGAUGAGAACAAGCUUGGUAUGCAUGAUUUGUUGCGGGACAUGGGAAGAGAAAUAAUUCGUGAACAAUCCCAUGCACUUGGGAAGAGAAGUAGGUUAUGGCUUAAUGAGCAUGCACGAGAUGGAACUGAGGCUAUUCAAGGACUGUCUUUGAUGUCAGAAAGUGAAACAAUGCAUUUUCAGACAGAAGCAUUUGAGAAGAUGAAAACACUCAGAUUACUUCGGCUUGGUAAUGUACAGCUUAGAGGAGACUACAAAUUCAUCAGUAAAGAUCUAAAAUGGCUUUGCUGGCAUCAUUGUCCUGAAAAACACAUUCCAAGCGACUUUUAUCAAGAGGAUUUGGUUGUUAUUGACUUAAAGCACAGCAACUUGAGACGAGUGUGGAAGAAACCCCAGUCAUUGGAAAGUUUGAAAAUCCUCAAUCUCAGCCACUCUCCUUACUUGGUGCAAACUCCUGAUUUUUCAAAACUACCAAACCUUGAAAAGUUGAUCCUCAAAGGCUGUCUACGUUUGUCCAAGAUACAUCAUUCUAUUGAGCUUCUUCAUAAACUUCUUCUACUAGAUCUGGAGGACUGUAUUAGGCUUGAUAGUCUCCCAAGAAGCGUUUAUAGAUUAAAAUGCUUAAAAACUCUCAUUCUUUCUGGUUGUGAGAAUAUUGAAAAGCUUGAGGAGGACAUAGAGCAAAUGAAAUCUUUGAGAACUCUACUUGCUCCUGCAGUAAAACAAGUGCCGGUUUCUUUACUGAGAUCAAAAAGCAUUUUUUAUCUAUCUAUUUGCGGUCUUAAAGGAUUGUCACGUCAUGUGAUUCCUUCUCUCUACCGGUCUUGGAUACGCCCAACAAAUAAUCCAUUACCUCUUGUUCUAACACAUACGGGCAUGCCAUCAUCAAUUUUGUCAAAGAUGCUAAACAGUUUCCGUGGACGUCCUUCAACAAUUCCUAAUAGUGAUCCAAAGCAACAAAAUUUUUUGUUGGAAGAUGGGUUGGAGAUUUCUAAUUCAUUGCGUCUCACCAGUUGCAUGGACAUCUCAAGGCUUGAAAGUUCUUUGGGUUGUCUUUUAAUUCGAAUUGGAAAGAAUUGUCAAGUCUCUCAUGCACUUUCAGAGAGGGUUUCAGAGGGGUUGAAUCUGAAAAAGUAUAGUGAUGAUUAUCUCCCUGGCCACAAAUAUCCCUAUUGGCUAACUUUCAAGGGUGAAGGAGAUUCUGUAAAAUAUAAAGUUCCUUCAGUUAAUGGUCAUGAUCAUUUAAAAGGGAUAACUAUUUGUUGUGCAUAUUUUCCCCCAGGUGAUUUGGAUAAGAAGACAUGUGAAUCAUGUAUAAUCAGCUUAAUGAUAAGAAAUUAUACCAAGAGAACCACUUUGGUGUACACUAAAGACAAACUAAAUUCAAUGGAAGAAGCAGGGAGGAAGGAAAUAAUAUCAAAUAUAGAAUGUGAUGACCAAGUAGAGGUGAAAGCAAUCUUUGGGAAUGAAUUCACUGUGGAGAAAACAGCAGUCUACUUGAUAUAUCAUGAGUCAUUUGACAAAGAGAUGAAGUCUUCACCAUCUGAAGCUACAAAUUUAUCCGGCGCCAAGCACAAAUGUGAGGAGGAGAAGCAUUUGAAAUUGGGAAACUUUCUUCCCUUAUUGGCUGCAACAUUUUUUGUGAUCUUUCUUUUCUGGUCACGAAACUUCUCAUAA